AUGGAAGUAUCAGAAUCUGGUCAUGAUAUGAUGUUAAGUUCACUCAGAACCGCCGGCGUUUGGAUCCCGGAAAACGUUGCAUCGAUCCGAGACUUCACUCCGACAAUCUUCGUCUCCGUCUGCGCUCAGUGUGUUAAUCUGAUAGAUCAAACGGCGUCGCUGCCUACUACUCUGCCGGAUGCCACGAUCGAUAAGUUGAAGACGUGUACGGACAUCGCUUUAGCUAUUAAGCGACUUGGUUUUAUUGGAGACAUGACCUAUAUUAAGCUCCUGUAUCCUUCCGAAGAGGACCUGCAUAAAAUGACUAGAUUCUUGGUGGAGAGACUUUCUGGGUCAUCUGGACGUGUUAAAAUAGCUGAGGUAAAGGAUGUGAAUGCUAAAGGGAAAACAAAGGAGGAUGGCUCUAAUAAUGAUGAAAGGAUGGAUCUUAAUCAUCAGAGAGAAAAAUUGGAAGAUCUUAGUCUCCAUAAUGUAGCACCAGAGUUUUCUGAUUCUGAGGCUGAAGACGCAUCCUUUAUUGGCUCGAGCAGACAAAAUAUCAUCAAGACCAAAUUACCUGCUUCUGUUAAUGGAGAACUUUUGGAUGAAGAAGGGAAAUCAGGAAGACAUCCGCUUGGAAAUGAAGAAACAGCUGCUGAGGGAGAUGAUAAGGAUGUUCAGAAACUGAUUUUUAUUAAAGAGCAGCCAUCCAAGAUAAUAUAUGAGAAAGAAGAAUUAAGAAAUCAAGAAAAAGUGCUCUUGGAGGAGGUUACUGCAAAGACAUCAGAAUUACAGCAUCUAGAAGAAGAGCUUGAAUUGUUAAAGGUAGCUGCAGGAAUGGCUUUUGAUGAUCGAAAUUCUGUUGAUCUCUGCCUUGAGCAGCUUAAAGAGCAAGUGGACUCCAAAAGGGAUUCUUUCAGAAAGCCUCUGGAAGAGAAAAAGAGAAACCUAGAGGAGUCACUUUAUGCAAACAUACCAGAUUCACAAGAAAAGCUUCAAAAGUUGAGAGAACUUGAGCAGGAAAGGCAGUUGGUGUUGUCUGAAAUUACAAAGAGGGAGGAGGAACAUUCUAAACUUUCUGCUGAUCUUGAGCAGCAGCCCAAACUGCCAUCAAGAACAUCCUACAUUGAGCGGAUACAGGAGAUUACAAAAAAUAGUCGGAAACAGGAUGCUGAUAUAAAGAGGAUCUUAAAAGAAACUAGGGAGCUUCAGUUGGAGAGUAACUCUAUCCAAGAAUGCCUUCAUCGAACAUAUGCUGUUCUAGAUGAAAUAGUGUGCAGGGAAGCAAAGAGAGACCCAGUGGGACGGAAGGCUUAUAGGCUCCUCACUAGCAUGCACGACUGCUUCGAGCAAAUUUCUGAGAAAAUACUUACCGCUGAUAGAACACGCAGAGAAAUGUCUGAACAUGAAAAGAAGCUAGCAGCCAUGGCGUCCCGAAGUUUAAAUGUGGACAAACUACAAGCAGACCUUGAUGCCAUUGUGAAGGAAAAUGAGUGCCUAGAGCAACGCCUUGCAGAAAACCCAUGA